UUCGGCAACCUUAUCUACAAUUUUAGCUAAGUACCACCGUCUUUCAUUCUCAAUCUCAGAUGCCAAAGUAUUCAUAAAACGGUUAUCUUUCUUUCUUCUUUAUUAUAGGAUUUUGAUAUGACAGAUGAUCAAAACGACGCCGCUUCUUCUUCUUCUUCUCAGUCAACCCAACCACCACUCUUUCCUCACGCGCCGCAUCUCCCUCUCGAUCUGGUGGCAGAAAUUCUCUGCAAACUCCCCGUCAAACACCUCCUUCAACUCCGCCUCGUCUCCAUCUCAUGGAAUUCUCUUAUCUCUCAUAAUCCCGAAUUCUCCGCCAAACACCUCCGCUGCUCAACCUCCAAUCACAACCGCCACCACCUCAUCCUAAACUCCACUCUCUCCUCACGUCACUUCAUUCUAUCUCAUUCCCCAAUCUCCUCUUUUUUCAGUUCCACUUCUCCUAUUACCGUAACGCGCUUUACGAUUACGCACUCUCUUGAUAAUGGAAACAAUGGUAGAGGAAGAGGAGAUAUUACCACUUGUGACGGCAUCAUCUGUUUUGGUAUAGAUGAAUCCUUAGCUCUUUCAUGUAAUCCUUCUAUUAGAAAAUUCAAAUUAUUGCCUCCUUUGAAGAUUAAUAACUCUCAGUCUCACCAAACACAUUUUCAAAACUUAUACACAUUACUUUAUGAUCGUUUCACUGGUAAUUAUAAGAUUUUUUCUGUUGCUUGUUGUAAUAGCGAAAAACAAGUUAAUGUUCAUACUUUGGGGACCGAUUAUUGGAGAAGGAUUCAGGACUUUCCAUGUGGUUAUAUCAUUCCUAAACCCGGGGUAUUUGUGAGUGAUACUGUUAAUUGGUUGGCUUGUGAUGAUACUAGUUUUGCGGCACGGGUUAUUGUUUCUCUUGAUUUGGAGAAUGAGUUGUAUCGAAAGCUUUCACCGCCGCCUUUUUAUGAUAUCAUGGCAUUUGAAGUUUCCAUUACAUUGGGGGUUUUGAGGGGUUGUUUGUCCAUGCUUUCUUAUAGUGACAAGUUUUCUAAUGUUUGGAUUAUGAAGGAAUAUGGGAAUGAAAAGUCUUGGACCAAAUUAUUUAGUGUUCCUCGUAUGGAAGAAUGGGGUGUUUAUGUAUAUACCAAGGCAUUAUAUGUUUCAGAGGAUGAGCAAGUGUUGAUGGAGUGUUUGAAGAUGGGGAAAUAUAGUUUGGUUGUUUAUGAUUCUAGAAAUAAUACUUUUAAGAUUCCUAAAUUUCAAAACUACAAUCAAGGUAGUGAGAUGACAGCAGAAGUUUAUGUUGAGAGUUUGAUAUCACCUUUGUAGAUGCCGUGCUAUGUGACCUGAUUUAGAGACUCAACUGCAACUUAUAGAAGGUUCAGGUCACCAAUAUGAUGACAACCAGUUUAUUUAAGGUUUGUUUUCUCCACUUAUCAUUGACUCUAAGCAUUUCUGAAAGCUAUCACCAUGUCUUUCUAUUCUUAAAUAUAUUGUCCAAUGCAGUAGCACUAUCAAUAUUCUCUUCUCUUGUCAUCUUCUUCUAAGAUUUUAAGUUAAAUGUAACACACCCUCUCUCAUAACCGAAACUUUUACUGACUAUCUCACUCAUUUAAUGG